AUGAAAGGAUUAUAUUUUUUGUUAUUCGUUAUUCUUUGUCAUGCUGAUAUUGUUGGGAUGUAUAUGACUGCACCACUAUUAACUAAUCAAUACAUUUCUCCAGAAGAUAUGUGCAGUGGAAAAUUGUGUAGGUUCAGAGUUAAACAAGUAAUGAGAAAAUGUAAAUUAUAUGAACAUAAACUAAAACAACUUGAUAGAAUAGAACGAAGGUUGAACCGUGAGGCAGAAAGAGAUAUGCUUGAUUUAAGUUCAUUACAAAAUACUCAAGACCAUCGUGUCUUACAACACAAACUCCGAAAAGAACAAAAGACAUUAAGAAAAGUUCGUUUGACUCGUGUCAAAUUAAUGAAUUUAAUGAGAAGAGUAUUAGGCGAUCUUUCUUAUUCACAACAGGCUCGCGUUAUUCGUUAUGUUGGGCUAGAACAUAGGAUAGAUCCUUCAUAUGAAAAUUUGACUAAAAACAAUGGGUUAAAUCAUAUGAAACCCAAGUUAAUUUAA